AUGUUUUUUAGAGGUACAUCGAAACAAGCCUUAUUUAUACGGCCAAUCAUUCUAUUUACAAGAUUUAAUUCAACUACUGCUAAACAAUAUGUUCGACAAAAACCGAAAAUGAUGGAUUUAAUACGAACUCCAACUACUAAAUCAUUAAUUUUAACAUUAAUUACCAGUUCAAUGAUUAUAGAAUUAAUGAAUAGUAAAAAAAAUUUAGAAACUUUAAUUAAUUCAUAUAAUUUAAAAUUUGAAAUUUUAUCAGAAAUUAUUGAAAAAUUGAAUAAUAAUGAAAAAUUAAAUAUUACCAAAGAAUUACAAUUGGCAAAUUCAUUUACUGAAAAUAAAUAUAGUUCUAAAACUGAUAUUCAAAUGGAUGAACAAUUAGAACAAUUCUUAAAAGAAAUAACUGAAGAUGAAGAAAGUGAAGCCAGCCAACCGCAACAGAUAGAAACAGAAGUAAUCAAAGAUCAAUCAAUAUCAGAUAUAAUAAAUGAUGAAGUCAAAUCAACCAAAGAGAAACCUAAAGCAUACUACUAA